AGAAAAGAAGAAAGAAGGAUAAAUAACAAGAACAAAGAAGAAGAAACACGAAGUAAAAAGAAGAAAUCCUAAGAAGAAAGAGACCACCAGGAGAGAGGAGCGUGGUCCCUGGGCUUGCCCCCUGCUUAAGUCCUCCUCUAUGGGGCUGGCCAGGGCUGUGCCUUCUUCUUGGCCCCUUCUUCCCUUGGAGGCGGAGGGAGGGAGAGUUUCCACCUCGACGGGGGGAGCGAGCAAGAGCCGGCCUCUCCUCCUCCUCUUCCCUGCAGGAAAUGAGUAAACUGGAAAGUAGCAGAAGUUGUAGCUCUGCUGCUGGCCUCUUCUGUCUCCGAGGAGGAUGCAGGGAUUAAGCUCCUAGGGGAGGAGAAGCAAGGCAGCUGGAGGGGGGACGCUGAAAGAUCUUUGCCAUGUCAGCAGGAAUCUUCCGGGUGUGUCUGGUGGUUAUCACAGCUAUUGUCAACCAUCCAUUGCUCUUCCCAAAAGAGAAUGUUACCGUCCUUGAAAAUACAGAUGAAAUAAUCCAGAAGAUGAAAGAGCGAGAGGAGAACCUGAGGACAGAGCAUCUUAAACUGGAGCAGGAGAUGGCAGUGCAGGAAGCUUUAACAAAGUCUUCAGAACAAGCUACUGGGUCAGAAAAGCAAUACAACCAUGAUCCCCUCUCUUGGAAUUUCUGGACCGCUUUGUCCAUGGUGGUUUUUCUUCUGAUUGAGUUCUGGAGGCAAGAUUACCAGGAAGGAAACUGGCCAGAUUAUGCCAAUGAAGAAGAUGAAAUUAAUAUUCUGGGGAAAGCAUUCAAUGGAGUCAUCUUGCCAGACAAGGUCAUCUUGGCCAAUUUCUAUGAGAGAUGCCUCCAGACUGUAACCAAUGACAUUGCCAGAAACCGAGAGCUUGUGGAAGGCUUUGCAGAUGAUCUUUUAGAAGCUUUGAGAAGUGUGUGUAACCGGGACGCUGACAUGGAAGUGGAGGAGUCCAUAGGAAUUGGGAGCAUGUAUGAAAACUGGAGAGUUCACAAGCCUUUAACAUGUGACUUCAUUGUCCCUUUUACUCCUCCUGCACCAUAUUCUUUCCAGUUUGAGACCUGGUGUUCAGGAGAAUCUGUUCCACUUGACAAACAAGGUUGUGGUAUGAUAAAGAUCAUCUGGGCAGAUGAAAAUUCAACGGGCUGUAUAUGUGACAAGACAAAGCUGGGGGAAGAUUUAUUGUGCCUUCUUCAUAGCAAAAUGAACCCACUGAGACAGAACAAUUAUAUGGAGGACCUCCUUUGCUACAAAGAUACACGAUACCUUGAUUCUAACCAGGUCAUGACAUGGAUCCAAGUUGCACUUACCAAGGCAUGGAAUAAAAUUUCACAUAAGUAUGAGUUCAACCUCACUUUUAACCACCUAGAUGUACCUGGUGCCCUAAAAAUCAAGUUUAGGUCUGGAAAAAUAAUUGCCUUCAACCUUACCCCUGUGGUACAAUAUGCUGAUUCUGAUGUCUAUUUCAUUUCCCAUUUCCCAAAUAAUGGUGUAUCAGAGGAACCCACUUGUAGCAUUCAAUGGUUUCUUACAUUUUCAGUAUGUGAGAAGAGAUACAUUCAGUUUGUUUCUAAAACUCUACCUGCCAACUCCUGCCACCUUAGCUGUCUCCAGAUUCUCUCCUUCCUUCAUGGGAAACAGUGCAGUCUAACAGGACCAAGUAGCCUUACAAACUAUCACUUGAAAACGGUGAUGCUACAUAUGCUGGAGACCCAUCCCAGUUCAGAUUGGGCCUCUGGAUUCUUGGAGGCCAGGCUUCAAGACAUGUUCAAAUUUUUGGAGAAAAGCCUGCAAGAAAAGAGGCUUUACCACUUUUUCAUUGGAAACAAGAAACUGCCGGAGGAGUUGGGCAUCCCUGUGGAGCUCCAAAGAGCGGAGCCUCUGAACCUCUUCCGUCCCUUUGUCCUGCAGCGAAGUGCUUACAGAAAAACAAUGGACAUGUUUCAAGAGAUGCUAAAGAACACAGCAGCUUUAAUAAAUGAGUAUACCAAGCAUGUUCCCAAUGGACGAGGAAUCCCACUAAAUAAGGAACUUCUGCAGCUAUAGCUGUUAAAACUACUGUAGGGUCAGAUACCCCACAGGGAGAAAUUUAAUUGAAUGCUUUGGGGUUUGCAAAUGGCACCAAAGAUUUGAUAGAAAGGAGACACUUUUCUCAUUUUCUUCCCAAUGUUGUUGGCUGAUAUUUAUGCAGCUUUUAAUGUUUCUAUCCAGUGUAGAUAAUUCUUUUGUAAAUAAUAAAAGUAAGAAAGAGGAAUCUAAUUUAUUCCUAUAUCUGCAUUAAAGUUUAUAAUUUGAGGAGUCUGUUUUAAUUUUUUUAUUUAAGGUGCAAAGCUUGACAUUUCUGCAAUAAAGAACCUCAUAUAAAAGGGCCAACAGCUUGUACUGUAUAGGAAAAGCAGUUUGAAGAUUGGCAAAAGAAGAUAUUGACCCCUGCACUUUGUAAAUUGAUCCAAAAUCCAUUGUGGAAAGCUUUUUAAUUACACUCAAAGCUAUUGUAAAAAAAAUUGAUUGCAAAAAAUGCUAGUUCAGUAGAAGUCUUACACUUGACUUACCUGUACAUGUCUACUCAGAAAUAUGUCUCCUUUUAUUUCAGUAGCGCUUAAUCCCAGGUAAGUGGGUAUUGGAGUGCAGCUUAAAUGGCCUUUACCCAUUCACAUUAAAAAAGCAUUGUGUGGAUUUAAAAUUUCUGUCUUCAGUGAAAUAUAUUCAAGUCUAGGAAUCUGUAGGAAUAAUUCCUAAGGACAUCCAGUGAUAAAAAAAAUAUUAUGCA